AUGCCACCGACUGGUUCCGGUCUACAAGCCAACAUUGCCUGUGAACCCGUCCUGGAUGUGCCAAGUGAGAUUGUGGAAGUGCGCUACAAAGUUCCCUUUGGUCUGAAUGUGGAGCCACAAAGGGGCCUGGCUGUUUGCACCCAAGAUGGUGAAGGCGGGGAGAAAGUAGGCGAUGUUUUGCGGUAUACGUCCCAGUGGAAGAUGGGUUUGCCAAAAGGAGACGGCCUGCUAACCCAAGCUGCCGCUUUUUCGGGUGGUCUCUCCUGGCAGUGCACCAUGUUCAACGUUAUGAAAGCCAAGGAGUGGGGUGAGGUUGUGGAAGCAUUGCUAUCGAACGAACAGAGUCGCACGGAUGAAGUCGUCCUGCUAUUUGAGCGAGCAGUCUCAGCAACUGGUGACGAACAAUGA